CCUGCAACCUUUUUUUUUUUUCUCUCUCUCUCUCUCUCUCACUCUCUCUCACAUGCAUUUAAAAGCCCAACCUUUACACCUCAAAGUCCCACGCCACCACCGCCAUUGUCUCUGAAAUUUGUGCGACUGCCCAUUUGUGUUUGAGGUAGAGAUCUAGAGAGAGAGAGAGAGAGAGAGAGACGGAGGCGGAGAGGUAUGAAGCUCGUUUGGACCCCCGAAACAGCUUCUAAAGCUUACAUAGACACUGUUAAAUCAAUUAAAAACUUCAAAGAACAUUCCGGUGUAGCCGAGCUCCUCUCCGCCAUGGCUGCCGGUUGGAACGCGAAGCUAAUCGUCGAAUCGUGGCUCAACGGCGAUCCAGUCGUGACAAGCAUCGGACUGGCCAUAGCCGCCCACCACGCGUGCGGACGUCACGUGUGCAUAGUCCCGGACGAGCGGUCGAAACAGGGGUACAUCAAGGCCAUGCGAGAAUACGCAGACCUGUCUCCGCCGACGCCGAUGGAGGUGGUGGUGGGCGACGCCGAGGCGGCCAUGGAGGGACUGGUGGGCGUGGACUUUCUGGUGGUGGACUGUAAGCGUGGGGACUUCGCCAGGGUUCUGAGGUUCGCUAAGCUGGGCCAAAGAGGUGCUGUUUUGGCUUGCAAAAACGCGUGUCAGAGAAACGUUUCGGAGUUUCGAUGGCACGGGGUGCUUGAGAGAGGGACGCGUGUGGUGAGGACGGUGUUCUUGCCAGUGGGGAAAGGCUUGGAUAUUGCGCAUAUUGGGAGCACCGGGGGUAGCAGUGGGAGCUGGAAGAAGAGUCCUAGCCGUUGGAUCAAGCACAUCGAUGCACAGUCAGGUGAGGAACACGUGUUUCGGGGAUGAUCUCUGAAGAUCUAAUUACUUCCGAGGGGUUUUGAGUUAAAUUACCAACUUAAAAAAAAAAUAAAAAGAAAAAUCGAAGAAGCAGUUCAUCCCUUCGUUGUAUAUUGCUAAAAUAUGUACGAGGGUGAAGGGCAGCAACCUGCAAGAAGAUCAUCUCAUCAAUUAGGUGCAGGAGGUGAGAAGCAGAGGCUUAAAUAUUGUAAAUAUUAGUUAAUUUUGUCAUAUGUGUGUGUAUAUAUAUAUUUCUCGGAUAUUUAUAGAUGCAUGCAUGGGGUAAGUAACUACUUAUAUUCUUUUGCUA